UGUUCUAAUUCAAAAUUUUUAUGUCUAGAAGAGUUUAAAUAUUUAUAGAAUCAUCUAAGAACAAUUUAGAUAAAUAAUAUUUCACAUUUCGCAACAUCAUUGACGAUCUUCAGUUUUUUGGACACAAGGACACGAUCAUCUGCGAUCUUUUCAAUUUUCUAUGUUAAACACUUUUAGAGUUUCUUUAUUCAAUUUAUGUUUACGCGAAGAUAUUUUUUAAAAAAAACUUUCAAUUGGUGCAUUUUAACAAUGCAAAAACCGCCAUCCGGUAAUGGCACAUUAAAGUUAUCCGGAAAUAUCAUCAACAUAGCCACAAAUAAACCACAGCAGCAACAACAACAAUCAACCCAACAGUUUUCAUCAAAUAUCCCUACACAUAAAGCCAACUUUCAGCAAACCUUACCCCGUUACAACCCACCGCCACAAAUCAAUCCAAAUCCUACAGCACGUCGAAUAAUUCAACGCGGACGAUACUCAACAGGUGCGACAUCUUUAAUUCCCGCACCAGGAAGUGCAAACGUUCAACAACAACCGCAACACCAUCCACCUUUAGUGUCACCAGCACUUUCAGUAGCUUCAAGUGCACAGACUUCCGUUCAAAGUCAGGAUCCUGCACCAAAAUCUCACCUCGCAUAUCCUUCAAGGAUCCCCACAGAAAUGUUAAAAUUCCAAGUGAGAAAAUCUGAUGGUGAGUCAGCACCAACGUCAACACAUGGACCAGCCAACGCUCAAAUUCAGUCAUUGAUUGCGGAGUUACGUGCUUUAAAAGAGGCAAAUACUCGUCUUAUUGAUGAUAAUCAAGAGCUUCGUGACUUGUGUUGUUUUCUCGAUGAUGAUCGACAAAAAGGAAGAAAACUUGCACGUGAAUGGAAUCGAUUUGGAAAAUACACAGCUUCAGUUAUGCGAUCGGAAGUUCAGGCGUAUCAGAACAAACUCCGUCAGUUGGACGAAAAGCAACAGGAAUUAAUUCGUGACAACUUAGAGCUGAAGGAGCUCUGUUUGUAUCUCGACGAAGAAAGAACGAGAACAAAUAUGUUGUGUUCGAAUUGUGGUGCAACAACGUCAGCUGUCAUGUUACGUGAUGAUGGCGAUGGGUCAAGUUCCAGUACAAACGCUGAUGAACCAAUUAAUAGAUUUGCCCUUCCUGAUUACAACAUCAGAUCGACGACAACAUCGCUGGGACACGAAACACUUCAUUACGUUCGUUCACUCGAAAACAAAAUCCGUGAACUUGAGGAAGGUCGUGGAGCUCAUUCAGAUGCAAUUUCACAAGGAAAACCUGAAGCUAUCAUCAGAGCACUGCAAGUACUCGAAGUCCGCGAACAACUUGAACGUGCAAACGGACAUGAAAACUCAUCCGACUCAAACCUCGUCCGCGAAAUGUACAACAAAGUACUGAAGAAACUUGAAGAUUCAUCUCAUGAUAAUUAAUUAAAAAUCUUAUUUAAUUUUAUCUCUUAUGUGCCCAUUUUUUACUAACUUCUUGCCGCUUACUACUCACAUUAAAUUUAAUUUUUUUACUACUUGUAUCAACCGACAGAUGAAAAGUAUUAUGUGAAAUUUAAGAAGCCUCAGUAUUGUUGAUGUUGCGAUGAGUAAAUGAUGUUAAAUGUUCCUGGAAUCAGCGCUAUGAAACAAACAAAUAUAAUUCCUGUCUGUCGUCAUUGAUGAUCGCUCAUCGACAAAAGUAAUUUUAAAUUUUUUCUGACAAUAAAAUGAAUAUUUUUGAUAACUGAAUAAAAAAACUUCUUUCUUUUUUUUCACUAAUCUUUCACAA